CACCCGGCGUCCUCACGCGCGCGCGCGCAUACACCUGUCUCGCUGGAGUCCUAGGGCUUCGAGCUCCGCAUUCCGAUCCCGCCUCCGCCGUCGAUCGGCGCGCCGGCUCUGGUGGUGCGGGGGUUGGUUUGGUUUUGGUGUGGGGGGAGGCGGCGAGAUGGUGUCGGGUGGGCGCGUGGGUGGUGGAGAGGGGGAGGCGGAGCCGGAGGUGUCCGCGGCGGUGGCGGUGGAGGAGGAGGUGGCGGAGGCGCCCGCCGCGAGGGAGCUGGUGGUGGGGUACGCGCUGACGUCGAAGAAGGCCAAGAGCUUCCUCCAGCCCAAGCUCCGGGGGCUCGCCAGGAAGAAAGGGAUUCUCUUUGUUGCUAUUGAUCAGAAACGUCCACUGUCAGAUCAAGGACCUUUUGACAUUGUUCUGCAUAAGUUGACUGGAAGGGAGUGGCAACAGUUAUUGGAGGAAUAUAGGGAGGCACACCCAGAAGUUACUGUUCUUGACCCACCAGGUGCCAUAGAACAUUUGCUCAAUCGUCAGUCUAUGCUUCAAGAAGUUUCUGAAUUGGACCUCUCGGAUUCUCAUGGUAGAGUUGGCGUUCCUAAGCAGCUGUUUGUCAAUACAGAUCCAUCAUCAAUACCAGCUGCUGUUAUGAGGGCUGGACUAUCUCUUCCAUUAGUGGCAAAGCCUCUGGUGGCGAAGUCCCAUGAGCUAUCUCUUGCUUAUGAUCCAAUCUCCUUGACAAAGCUUGAGCCACCACUAGUUCUUCAGGAAUUUGUUAACCAUGGUGGUGUUUUGUUCAAAGUUUAUAUUGUUGGGGACGCAAUACGGGUUGUACGUAGGUUUUCGCUUCCUAAUGUUGAUGAAGGUGACCUAUCAAACAAUGCUGGAGUAUUUCGAUUUCCAAGGGUCUCUUGUGCUUCAGCCAAUGCAGAUGAUGCAGAUCUAGACCCUCAUGUUGCUGAACUUCCUCCAAGACCGCUUCUUGAAAUAUUGGCAAAAGAACUGCGCCGCCGACUGGGUCUUAGGUUGUUUAACAUUGAUAUGAUUAGAGAGCAUGGGACGAGAGAUCGGUUUUACGUCAUAGACAUGAAUUAUUUUCCUGGGUAUGGCAAAAUGCCUGGAUAUGAACAUGUAUUCACCGACUUUCUGCUGAGUCUAGUUCAGGAGGAGUACAAGCGGCGACCAAGCUAUAGCUCAUGCGAGGGGUGAAACGACGAACGAGCCCUGUCAGUGUGUCCCGGACUCGCUGUGUGCAGUACAAACGUGAAUGCCAGAGCAAUGUUCCGUGAUAUAGUUGGGCAUCAGUAGUUGCGAUAAAGCAGCGGUGACUGUGUCAAACUGUAAAUUAUUAAUUCGCAUUUGCUAAACUGUUCUCAAAUAAUUUUGUUCGGCUAAUCAAUGAAAUUAAGAUGUUUUUACCUGCUACAAAUAUGCAAAAUAAGUGGCUGUUUUGCUUGGUUCGCACCGUCACAAA